AUCGACAAGAUAACACUGAGAUCGAGACCCGACGGCUACCCUAAACUCUCGGACUUUGAACUGGUUGAAGAACAAAUUCCGCAGCCGCGCGAGGGCGAGGUGCUAAUCCAAUCUCUCUGGCUGUCUCUCGACCCCUACAUGCGCGGACGAAUGAGAGACGCCGCGUCCUAUGCGCCUUCCGUGCAGCUAGGCGAAGUGAUGGUUGGCGGCGCAGUCGGGCGCAUCACCGAAUCUCGUACCCCUGCUUACAGCAUAGGCGAGAUUGUCGAAGGUAGGCUUGGUUGGCAGGAGUACGCCGUAUCGGACGGACGCGACCUGCGGCGCGUUGACCCCGCGCUCGGCCCCCUUCCGACAUCGCUUGGCAUCCUUGGGAUGCCUGGCAUGACCGCAUAUUUCGGCUUCCUCGAUGUGUGCAAUCCUACGCCGGGAGACACGGUCGUUGUAUCGGCAGCGUCGGGUGCCGUCGGGCAGGUCGUUGGCCAGAUUGCCAAAAUAAUGGGCUGCUAUGUCGUAGGCACCGCCGGUUCGCAGGAAAAGAUUGACUAUAUCGUCAACGAACUCGGUUUCGAUGUAGGCAUCAAUUACAAGACCGAAAAUGUCGCCGAAGCUCUUGCAUCCGCCUGCCCGUUGGGAAUUGACAUCUACUUCGACAAUGUUGGAGGCCCCGUGAGCGAUGCAGUAUUGGAGAACCUUGCCGACUUCGCGCGCAUAUCCGUGUGCGGCCAGAUAUCACAAUACAACCUGGCGGAGCCGGAGAUGGGGCCUCGCAACACGCGCAACCUGACCACCCACCAGGCGCGCAUGGAGGGCUUCCUUGUCUUCCAGUUCGCCAGCCGCCACGAAGAAGGUCGUCAGCGCAUCGCCCGCUGGAUCAAGGAAGGCAAGAUGAAGUACAAGGAGGAUGUGGUCGAGGGCAUUGAGAAUGCGCCCGCCGCAUUCAUUGGCAUGAUGAAUGGUGAGAACUUUGGCAAGCUGCUCAUCAAAGUGUCUGACGAGUAA